AUGAAUCGUAACCGGAAGGAGUUCUACAGUGUGGAUGUGGGGGAUUCAACCUUCCGCGUCCUCAAGCGGUACCAGAACCUCAGGCCCAUUGGAUCCGGAGCACAGGGCAUCGUAUGUUCUGCAUAUGACAGUCAGGAUGAGCGGAACGUGGCCAUCAAGAAGCUCAGCAGGCCGUUCCAGAACCAGACGCACGCCAAACGGGCCUACAGGGAACUGGUGCUGAUGAAGUGUGUUAACCACAAGAAUAUCAUCGGGCUUCUGAAUGUUUUCACUCCUCAGAAAUCAUUAGAAGAAUUUGCAGACAUGUACCUGGUGAUGGAGCUGAUGGACGCUAACCUGUGCCAGGUGAUCCAGAUGGAGUUGGAUCACGAGCGGCUCUCCUACCUGCUCUACCAGAUGCUGUGUGGCAUCAAACACCUGCACGCAGCAGGCAUCAUACACAGGGAUCUGAAGCCCAGUAAUAUCGUAGUGAAGUCAGACUGCACUUUGAAGAUCCUGGACUUUGGUUUGGCGCGCACAGCGGCCACCGGGCUGCUGAUGACCCCCUACGUAGUGACGAGAUACUACCGCGCCCCAGAGGUCAUACUGGGCAUGGGAUACCAGGCCAACGUGGAUAUCUGGUCGGUAGGGUGCAUCCUUGCUGAAAUGGUGCGACACAAGAUCCUCUUUCCAGGACGAGACUACAUUGACCAAUGGAAUAAGGUGAUUGAGCAGCUGGGCACGCCCACUCAGGACUUCAUGAAGAAGCUGAACCAAUCAGUGCGCACGUAUGUGGAGAACCGGCCCCGCUACGCCGGUUACAGCUUCGAGAAGCUCUUCCCAGACGCCCUCUUCCCCGCAGACUCAGAGAACAAUAAACUCAAAGCGUGCCAAGCCAGAGAGCUCCUGUCCAAGAUGUUGGUAAUCGACUCCUCCAAGCGCAUAUCAGUAGACGAGGCUCUUCAACACCCCUACGUCAACGUUUGGUACGACCCAGCAGAGGUGGAGGCGCCUCCUCCACAGAUCAUUGACAAGCAGCUUGAUGAGCGAGACCACACAGUAGAUCAGUGGAAAGAGCUGAUCUAUAAGGAGGUAUUGGACUGGGAGGAGCGGAUGAAGAACGGAGUCAUACGUGGACAACCAUCACCACUAGGUGCGGCGGUGAGCAGUUCUCCUCAGCCUUCUUCCUCCUCCUCCGGUACUGACGUUUCCUCCAUGUCCACCAGUGACCCCACGUUGACCUCCGAUGCCACCGUCACCUCGGAUACUGACAGCAGUCUGGAGGCCGCGCUCGGCCCGCUCGGAUGCUGCAGAUGACCACACCCUCCACAUGGCAAGCCCCGCCCACCAGACCCAGGCCGCACCACCCCCCUCCUCAUCAGCCAACCCCAAUGCCCACCCCAGCUCUAAUGGACAGCCCAAGUCCCGCCCAUCUCCUCAUCGUCCAAUCCCAAUGGCCACCCCAGCUCUAACGGACAGCCCAAGUCCCGCCCAUCUUCUCAUCGUCCAAUCCCAAUGCCUACCCCAUCUGUAACGGACAGCCCAAGUCCGGCAACCUCCAGUAGAGCUCAUAACAGCAAAGCAUCGACUAAAUAAUGAGUGGCAGUCAAUGGAGAGAUGAGAGAUGUUUCCAGUGUCAUUUCAACACUUAAAGAGUUGAUUUAACACAUUCUAGAGUGCAUUUGGUAGAGUACUCUCUAAGUGAUGCAUUAACGCUGAUUUUUUUUUACUGUGGACUUCUCUAACCUGCCGACCCUCUUUCUGGAAAGCAUUAGGGCUGUAACGAUACAUUCAACUCGAUUCGCUUCGUAUCACAAUUUUUUACCUUCGGUUCGAUUUCACCACACGAUUUCAGAAAUGUAUCUCAUUUGAAGCUUGGUGGCACCAUCACAUUGUAUCAUAUGGCUGUUUUCUGGACUGAAGGAUAACAAAACUUUAAAAGGGCGUAUCACGAUACUGCCUCCUUACAUCACGGUACAGUAUCGUGACUCUGAGACUCUGAUUUCUCAAUUCGAUCAAUAUAGUUACAGCCCUAGAAAGCAUUGAUGCUAACCAGCCAGCAACUUACUUGGUUGCCCAUGGGAAUUUGGCAUUGUUGCUAAGUAAAUUGCUAACUCAGUUAGCAACGACGUUGUCGAGAAACACACCCCAUGGUUCUCGUCAGAUUAAAUGUGUAACCACAUUCAUUUGGCGAGUGCCAGGCUAGGAUUUCACAUAUGGUGUUUGUGACUAUCCAUAAGAAGAGACUAGUUUUGAAAUGAAAUAGUUGAGUUGUGCAUUUUUGAAAAUACAUCAAUAUUUUAACCACAAACCAGUUUAACCAGUGACCUUUUCUACCCAGAACGGAGCAGGUGCUUGCGUGGCCUACCCACUCUCCAUGUCAUAGAUACAAUUCUGCAUGCAACAACGGUCCGUGUCAGUCAAUUUUUUUUGGACACUGGUUUGCUUUUUUUGUAGAUUGGAAACUGGUUUGCUUUUUUGUACUUGAUGUAGUUCUGUUUUAACUACACAUCAAGUCAUGUAGGUGACAUCGCAUGACAUCGCAUGUCUCCAAGUUCAGCAGGUACCCUGCUAUAGCCAGAAGUUAAGCUAGGGCCCGCCCACUGGCGGCGCCUAUAAAUCCCAUGACACCCACCUCACCUCCUCUUUCGCUGCUGUGAUGAGCACCUCAGCAGAGACACCGCACCGCAUGCUCAACCUAGUAAUAGGUCUGGUCCCUACUCAGGGAACCGGUAUUACAAUAGUAACCCACUUCACAGUCCAUUUCAUAGUCACGACACCUUGCUGUCCAUCGAAAAACAGGGUCGAAAUCAUCAUUUAAGUUGACAAGCAUCAUUGCAAGGUCACAAAGAAGCUUUCACCUCUCCAUUGACAACGCUUCCUUAUUUUUUUCAAUCUAUCCAAUUUGGCUCUACAAGAGGGGCCGGGAUCAUGGCUCUCUGGUGUGGAUUUCUGAAUGAUGUAAUUUAUUAAUUUAAGUUAUUUAUUUGGGUUCAUUCAUUGCUAUGUUCAUAUAUAACAGUUUUUACAGUUAUUUUUUUUUAUUAUGUAAUUUAUUAUUAAUUUAUGUAUUGAGUUCUGUGGGUGGACUCUGUUGCAGAAACCACGCCCCUUAAGGUGGACUGUUCUCUCUCUCUUAAGGUGGACUGUUCUUUCUCAUGGUGGUCUGCCCUCUUAAGGUGGACUGGCAUUUCCCCCUUUUUCAGACCCUAUUAGGCCUGUUGAGGAUGAGACAGGCAUUAAGGUCUAUCUCUGUGUGUAUGUGUGUGUGCGUGUGUCUGAGUAAUACAGUAGUGUAGUGUAUAGAGAGGUAGACCAGAGAGAGAGAGAGUCUGUGUGUGUGUGUGUGUGUGUGUGAGAGAGAGAGGUUGAUAGAAAGAGAGAGAGAGAGAGAGAGAGAGUGUGUGUGAGCUGACCGCAGUGCUAGUGCUGUGGAGCAGAGAUGAAUGUGAGGGAUUUAUUUUUCUACAGCUUUAAUUUCUCACCUUUUAAUGCUGCUUUUUUUCAAUUCACAAUCGACUCUGUGUGUUUUUUAUGUUUAUCUGAAUGUGUGUAUCCGUGUGUGUCUCUUGACAGCCAUAUCCCGCAGUUUCUGCAUUCUGUGUCAGUGUGUGUGUGUGUUUGUGUGUGUGUGUGUGUGUGUGCGUGUGCGUGUGUGUGUAUCCAGUGCCAGUGUCUUCCCAUGUACAGCGUAUGCCUCCCCCUUUCUGAAGAUUUCAGUGCCACCCUGUGAAUGUGUGUGUGUGUGCGUGCGUGCGUGCGUGUGUGUGGUGCAUCUUGUCUCUCCUGUGUAUGCCAAGCCUGUUUAUUUUUUUAUUAUUAUUUGUUUAUUUGGAAUGCUGGUUGAUGCAGUAACCCCUCAGAUUUGACAAGUGAAAAAAAUGGCCCUUAGAGUCAAGAGCGUGUGUGUGUGUGUGUAAGAGAGAGAGAGAGAGAGAGAGAGAGAGAGAGAGAGAGAGAGAGCUCAUCAGAUAUUGUACAAAUGUGUAUAAUUACCAAGGUAGGUGUGUGUGUGCGUGUGUGUGUGUGUGUGUGUAUGUGUGUGUGUGUGUGCGCGCGCGCGAAUCCAAGAUCAGAAACUGUACAGAUGUAUGAUGAAGAGUAUGUCUAUGGUGUGUGUGUGCGUGUGAUAUCAACCGAAACUGUACAGGUGUGUGUGUGUGUGAUUUUUCCCGGUCCCUGCAUACGAUGAUCUUCUGAACCGUCUGAGAAUGUGAGAAUGGCAUAAGAACCUUCAACAGGCCCUUUAGAACCCCAACUCUAGAAGCGGAAUUCAAGAACUGGAACUCUAGACCUGGAGAAUCUGGAACUGGUGAUCUAGAACCGAAGAUCAGGAAGUGGAACCCUAGAACUGGAGGUCUAUGUCUGGAACUCCAGACUGGUGAUCUAGCAGGUGUGAUCUAGAGUGGAACCUUAGCAGUAUUCAU